AUGGCUGAGAAAGUGACUGUCAGCAGCUCUACUCCAAAUGAUACUUUACAAGCCGCUGCAAUCAAUAGGGCUUUCAAUGAUCCCAACUUGGUAACCUGGGAUGGCCCCGACGAUCCCGAUGAUCCCAAGAACUGGCCACAGAUUAAGAAAUGGACAACGAUCCUACCCAUGUCUCUCUUCAACUUUCUUUCCUCCAUGAGUUCAGCUACCAUGGCUCCCGCGUUGGACGCCAUCCAGACGGAUCUUCAGUUCCCGUCCAACAUGAUGGCUGUGCUGUCCCUGUCUGUUUUCUUGCUGGGCACUGCCUUCAUUCCCAUGUUGACUGCCCCGUUAUCCGAAGUCUUUGGAAGGUCUAUAGUUUUGCAGUCGGCCAACUUAUUCUACAUCGUGUUUAAUACCUUAUGCGGUGCUGCGAAGACGCCGAACCAGCUGAUUGUAUUUCGAUUCUUUGCGGGGUUAGGCGGUGCCGGCCCCUUCGCAAUCGGAAGCGGUAUCAACGCGGACUUGUUCCGCCCUCACGAACGCGGCCGAGCCAUCGCCGUUUACACCCUCGCACCUCUGAUUGGCGUGGUUGUCGGUCCCAUCGCUGGUGGCUUCCUUGUCCAAUUUACCUCAUGGCGGUGGUGUUUCUACGUCGUCUCCAUCAUCGGAGGAGUCAUCCAAAUCCUCGGUCUCCCCUUCUUCCGCGAGACCUACGCGCCGGUUCUCCUGCAGCGUCGAUGCAAACGUCUGCGCAAAAGCAUACAGACUUCUAACCUCUACACCGUGCACGACAAUGCCUCUCUUCUGCAGUUGCUCCGCACUAGCAUCGUUCGUCCAUUUAAGCUACUGGCAACUCAACCUGUUAUCCAAGUCUGGAGUCUAUACUGCGCAUAUCUCUACGGUACCUUGUAUCUCCUCAUUGCGACAUUUCCCAAUGUCUGGACAGACAUUUAUGGGGAGUCCGUGUCCAUCGGGUCUCUCAAUUACAUUUCUUUCUUUGUCGGCAUGGGUCUUGCCUCACAAGGCGGGACCCGUCUCGCCGACUGGUAUUAUCGGAGACUGUGUGCACAGAACGACGGUCGCAGUAUGCCAGAGUUCCGACUCCCGGUCUUGGUCAUUGGCGCGUGCAUUGUCCCGGUCGGUCUGUUUUGGUAUGGGUGGAGUGCACGAUCCAGUAUCCAUUGGAUCAUGCCAAACAUCGGAGCAGCAAUUUACGGCGCCGGCACAGUGCUCGAGAUUCUCUGCGUGAUGGGAUACAUCAUCGACACGUACCAAAAGUACGCAGCUAGUGCAAUGGCGGCGAUCAUCUGCCUACGAAGUAUCUUGUCAUUUGUGUUGCCGUUGGCUGCCCCAAGUCUGUAUGGUAAUCUCGGUUUCGGUUUGGGAAACACUUUGCUAGCAUUGAUUGCAAUCUGUAUUGGAAUUCCGGCACCCAUUCUGCUACGGUACUAUGGACCAGCAUUGCGGAAACGAAGCCCAUAUGCGCGAGAUGGUUAGCUGACCGGCUCAAUCCUUCGUGCCUCGACGGCAUCAAAUUGCUCCUCCCGCUGCAAUCAUCACUCAAGUUGAACUAUUCCUUGAGCUCGUUGGGCCCUUCCUCAACUCCUUACCCAGCUAGAGGAUGAAUAUUUCGCUCUCUCAUCUUUCGUAACUAGAAUGCCAAG